CUUUCGUCAUGCCACACGUCAGCUACAGUGCGCCCUCUGCUCGUCCUCUCGUAUUUGUAUAUAUGAUGUGGAUGGAGGAUUGGCUUAUAUAAAAAUUGUAUUAGGUUAAUCAUACGGCACGUAACGUAUCACAAUAAAAUAUCAAAAUGGUACUUAUCGCUGCAGCCGUCUGCACUAAAGCAGGCAAAACUAUUAUUUCUCGUCAGUUCGUUGAAAUGACUAAAGCUAGAAUAGAAGGUUUACUUGCUGCAUUUCCAAAAUUAAUGAGUACUGGAAAACAACAUACAUUUGUAGAAACAGAAUCUGUGAGAUAUGUCUAUCAACCUUUGGAAAAAGUGUAUAUGCUACUGAUUACAACAAAAGCUAGUAAUAUAUUAGAAGAUUUAGAAACAUUAAGACUUUUUGCAAGAGUUAUUCCAGAAUAUUGUAAUUCAAUAGAUGAACUUGAAAUAGCGGAAAACGCAUUCAAUUUGAUAUUUGCAUUUGAUGAAAUAGUUGCAUUGGGAUAUAGAGAGAGUGUCAACUUAGCACAAAUCAGAACAUUUGUGGAAAUGGAUUCACACGAGGAAAAAGUCUAUCAAGCAGUGAGAAUGACUCAAGAACGAGAAGCUAGAAAUAAAAUGCGUGAGAAAGCGAAGGAAUUACAAAGGCAACGAAUGGAAGCAAAUAAAAAGAGUGGUCUUAAAAAUCCUGGAUUUGGUAAUGCUUAUGGUAACAGUGGUAACUUCACGCCAACUCCUAGCGUAGGAGAUACCGCUAACUUCAUGCCAGAACCAAUUAGACCUUUGUAUACACCGACACAAAAAACAGCUAAUACUGGACCAGGCGCGAUGAAAUUAGGAGGAAAAUCUCGUGAUGUUGAUUCUUUUGUCGAUCAACUAAAAGAAGAAGGAGAAAAUGUUGUAUCUACACCUUUACCUGCAUCGGGUGCAAAACCAACAUCGAUUGCACCGCAGAUAACCAAUACAGAAUCAGUUCACCUGCGACAAGAAGAGCGACUUAAUGUACGAAUUGGUCGAGAUGGUGGCUUACAACACUUUGAAUUACAUGGUUUGGUUACAUUACACAUUUCGGAUGAAAAAUGGGGUCGAAUUCGUGUACAGUUGGAAAAUAAUGAUGCAAGAGGAAUUCAGUUACAAACACAUCCUAAUGUAGACAAGGAAUUAUUCAGGUCUCGCGGUCAAAUAGGUUUAAAGAUUCCUACAAAACCAUUCCCAUUGAAUACCGAUGUUGGGGUAUUAAAGUGGCGUUUACAAGCUCAAGAUGAAACAGCAUUACCUAUUUCGAUAAAUUGCUGGCCUUCCGAAAAUGGAGAAGGUGGAUGCGAUGUCAACAUAGAAUAUGAAUUAGAACAAGUUAAUCUUGAACUAAAUGAUGUUCAAAUAAACAUUCCGUUGCCCAUGGGUUGCACUCCCAUUGUGAGUGAAUGCGACGGACAAUAUACGCACGAAGCACGACGAAAUACACUUGUAUGGUCUUUACCAAUUGUUGAUGCAACAGCAAAAUCAGGUUCAAUGGAAUUCUCAGCACCCUCUUCUACCCCUUCUAAUUUCUUUCCUCUUCAUAUCUCAUUUUCAUCAAAGACGUCGUAUGUCAAUAUUAAGGUAUCCGAAGUUUUACUUGUAGAAGAUGAAAGUCCUGUUAAGUAUUCGGUAGAAACAGUUUUCUUUACUGAUAAUUAUGAAGUGGUAUAAACACACAGAAAAUGAUCAGUUAACCACUUGUGGUAAAUGUAUACAAGGAUAUUAAAUUAGGCGAUGUCUGUUGGAACAAGAGUGAUAAACAUUUUCAGCUUAAUAAUUUCAUUCCAAAUGACCAUUAUUUUCAUUGAUUAAUGCAUGAGUGCAUUAAAAGCGGUACGCUUAUAUGUACCCUAUGAACAAUUUGUUCUAUUUAGUAUACGCCUAAUGUGAAACUAUUAAAGAAAACUGUACAAAGAUAUUUUAUAAUUGGUAUAGAAAGAACAUUGAAAGUUUUUUUCAUAUUUUACGAAUUACACAAUAUUAUAUACAAAUAAAUUGAAUUAUCUUAGUUCUA